UGGGUGCAUGAGGCUAGCAACCUUAUGUACAGCACUCGCAAGAGGGCACCAAAUCAAGCUACGAAUGACCACAAUGAGCAAUACCCCCAGAGUCUCCCGAGAGGGGGGGAGGAUGAGAGACUCGCAAGGACGGACACAUCGGUACAGACCAGGACUGAUACACGGUUAACGAGAAGGCUCACCCAAACCACACUGACAAGGACGGCACCAGAAGUGCGAUGCCAAUGUGGCAAGAUAUGCAAGAACACCAGAGGGCUAAAGAUCCAUCAAGCCAAGACCAAGUGUGGAAAGGAGGCAAUUUUGUUGCAGCGCAGGGUGGAGACACCUCGUCAGACGCAGGAGAACCCCAGUCAGGAGGCACCCCACAGCACUGGAGAUCUCUUGGCAACAGCUUUGCCUUUGAACCACACAGUGGUCAACUCUGAUGCCUCCCAGCAACCUCAACCUGCAAAGGACAGAAUAAAAUGGCCGAAAAUGAACAGCAACAAGGAGUGGCAGCAGCUGGAUGAGGACCUCUGUAAGAUUCUUGAAACUGCUCUGGUAGGUGCAGCAGAACAGAAGAUGGCAACGAUGACAGCAAUCAUCUAUAAUGUGGCCAAGGAGCGGUUUGGUGUCGAGGAUAGGAAGACCAGUACUCCUAAUGUCCGGCAACCAAAUCGGAGGGAAAAGGAGAUGCAGAGCUUGCGGAGAGAGAUAAAGGCACUAUCCAGGCAGUUCAAGAAUGCCACCGAAGGGGAAAAAGAGGGAAUUAGAGACCUAACAUCAGGGCUUCGUGAGCAGCUUCGCAGGCUAAGAAGGGCAGAGCAGACACGGAAGCAGAGAAAGAAGAAGGGGGCAAAGAGGGCACAGUUCAUCAAAGACCCUUAUAGGUUCACUAAAACCUUAUUAGGAGAGGCAAGAUCAGGAUCACUCAGCAGCUCUAAGGAGGAGGUUGAAGAGGCUCUGAGGUUGACUCACUGUGACCCACAGAGGUAUGAACUUCUUAGCAGCCACCCAAAGAUCAUCAAGGUGCCACCCCCCUCAGAACCUUUGGUGACCAGAGAACCGACCUGGAAGGAAGUGGAGGAGGUGGUGAAAAAGGCAAGGACAGCAUCAGCCCCUGGACCAAGCGGAGUGCCUUACAAAGUGUACAAGAAGUGUCCACUUCUGCUACGUAGACUUUGGAAGCUCUUCCGGACAAUCUGGGCAAAGGGCAGCAUACCAACUACCUGGAGAGUGUCAGAGGGCUGCUUUGUGCCAAAGGAGAAGGACUCUUCUGAGAUCGGCCAGUUCCGCGCCAUCUCUCUGCUGAGUGUAGAAGCCAAGAUCUUUUUCUCAGUCUUGGCGAGAAGAAUAACUAACUACAUGAGUUGUCUGGCUGGACCUCGCAAAUGCAUAUGGUUCCAUGCCCCAUUCUCUCAUCAACAAGGCUAUGGAGCAGUACCACAUCCCCGUCAAGAUCAGGCAGAUGAUUAACAGCUACCUGGGGUCAUUCAAGCUGCG